UCCUGGCUCUGGGACGCACCCGCUCCUCCUGCUCCGGCUCUGUUGUGGAUCUGCGCGCCGGAGCUGAGCUCAGUCAGCCGGGCAGAGACAACAGGGAUGAGGUCCCGGGCUCCGGCUCUCAGCCCGGGAACAGAACCAGAACCACAGAGAAGAACCGGGGAAAUACAUGGAUGUAACUUUUCCGAGGACAAACUUCAUGUUUGGACUUAAAGUGGAAACUUUCAUUUUGUUUGGAUGAAAAUUACGCACCGAUUUUUCUUUUUUUUCUUUUUUUUUUUGUCGUAAUGUUUAAAUGAACAAAAACAAAGUCUGAAAGAAAUCUGACUUUUGUUGCUUGACUUUGAAGAUUCAAAACUUUUGUUAUUAUUGUUUUUUUUUUUCUCUGACGGAGAUGGAACCGGAGGAGGGGAAGAUCUCGGUGUGGGUUUGCCGGGAGGAGAAGCUCGUCUCCGGCUUAACGAAGCGAACCACCUGCGCGGACGUGGUCAAAGUUCUGCUGGAGGACCAGAACCUGCGGCAGGGCAGCUCCGCCGCGAUGCUGUCCGGCGCCCCGCAGUCCUACUGCGUGGUGGAGAAGUGGAGAGGUUUCGAGAGGAUUUUACCCAACAAGACCAAGGUCCUGCGGCUGUGGAGCGCGUGGGGAGACGAGCAGGAGAACGUGCGCUUCGUCCUGGUGAAGAACGAGGCGUCGCUGCCCAACAACGGCCCGCGCAGCGCGGAAGCCCGUGUGGUCCAGAGCCGGGAGAGCGGGGGUCCGGGCGCCGGGCUCAAAGGCACCGCCAGGAGCUGCUGGACCGCCGCGGCCGCCGCCGCCAACCUGUCCCAGGAGAGACAGCGGCGCAUCGUGAGGAAAGCUUUCAGGAAGCUGGACAAGAUGAACAAGAAGAAAGAGCAGACUGUCUGUAAAGAUAAAGGCUCCGUGGAGAAGAUGGAGACGCUGGUGCAUCUGGUGAUCUCUCAGGAUCACACCCUCCGCCAGCAGAUCCACAGAAUCAAGGAGCUGGACCGGGAGAUCGAGCGCUUCGAAGCCAAAGUCCACUUCGACCGCAUCAAGAGACACGGGGUGAACUAUGUGCAGGACACGUACCUGGUGGACUCCUCCGCGGACGCUCUCGCCGCUCCCACGGACUGCAUGCGCAAAGCGGAGCGGCAGGACGCGCGGUGCACGGCGGAGGCGCUGGCGCAGUUCGAGGAGUACGCGCGCCGCUGCGAGGAGGUGGUGCGGCUGCAGGAGGAGCUGACGGAGCGCGAGGCGCUGAUGGAGAGCAUCACCGGCGAGAUCCAGGAGGAGCUGAACCGCCGCUGGAUGAAGCGGCGGCGCGAGGACAGGGGAGCGGAGGAGGAGGCGGCGUCGGCGGCGGAGGCGGUGCGCCUCGCCGCGUCCGCCGCUCCUGCAGCAGCGCCGGAAGCAGACGUUGAGAGUUUGUCCGAGAACGAGCUCGCGCUGGAGGAGGAGAGGAUCCGAACCCAGCUGGACACGAGUCUGUACAUCGGCCUGAGGCUGAAGACCGACCUGGACGCCAUGAGAGGAGACUUGGACCUGAGUCUGGAACUCUGGGAGACCAAGGAGGGCGAACUGCUGGACCUGCUCGCCAAAGUUGAGACCAUAGAGUUAGAGCAGGUGAACAGUCACGUGACUGAUGAUGAUGAUGAUGAGGAUAAGGCAGCAGCUGACACUGAGGCUGCAGCAGCAGCAGCAGCAGCAGCAGAGGAGGAGGAGAGCAGUGUUUGGGUGGAACAGGCCCGAGGUUUGUCCAAGUCCUGCGACACCAACGACGACGACUCGGACACGGGUCUGAGCUCCAUGCACAGCCAGGACUCGGACAACGUGCCUGUGUGUGAGUCGCUGGUGUGAGUUUCACACAGAGUCAAAAACAGGAAAAAAAAACUCAGGGGCAGAGAAAUCAGUGUUGGAAAUACUGGGAGCGUGGACGCUGUCGUUCUAUAGCAAUAAUUUCUCUUAUGUAGCCGUUGCACAAUAAGCUGAGGGCCUUGAUGCUGACCUUUGACCUCCAAGAGGAGAGUCAACAAAGUAGAUCACUUAUUAGCUCAUAUUAUUGUCCUCACAGGAGGGAGACACUCUGAGGAAUCUGUUUGUCAUGUUAUCUCAGAGGUUUGUGUCACCUGCACCAAACUGCAGAGAGAAAAUCAGUGAUUUGAGGAGCUGUUGAUCCACCGCUGCGUUCAAAUGUGUCCUUUUGUCCAGAGUUCUGAUUUACCCAAAUGUCCCAAACUGACCAAAGGAGGCAGCGGCAGCACAGGAGCUCCUGUGUCCCUGUGCUCUACAAGUGCAGAUUUUCUCAAUGGGGUUUGGUGCACGAGAGGAAAACACUGUACAAACGUGAUAAAAGGACAUUUAAGUGGUGAACAUGUUCUUGAGAUUACUGGUAUGUAAUAAACAGAUUAACAAUCCCUUUAAGGUUAAUGACACUCGAGUGGGGAAGGAAAACAGUGUGACUUCAGAGAAAAUGCCAAAUGUUGAAAAAUUAAAGUGCACAUUAUGAAUCGAUGAUCCCUCAGCAAAGCACAUUAUCGUCAGUAUAAGUGUAAACGUCAUAUUUAUUCAGUUUUAGUGUGGAACCCUCACAGCUCACGGAACAAUUCCAUCACAGCUUUCAACUAUAGAUCCAUGUUUACGUCACAUGAGAGUGGUAUUGAUUGUUUCCCAGAGUGUUAUAAUCCAGUGUUUAACAAGGAAAUUCAAAGAUACACAUGUUAUAAACAAAAAAUAAUAACUUACCAUCUCUUUUUGGGGGGUGGGAACCAGAUGUUGAAAUCACAGGAAACUUAUUAUUCCUUCAAUUUAAGAAAAAAUACAUUAGAGCAUUUACAGCUGAAGCAACAGAGGCAGAGAUAUAUCCUUAUUUUUAGUAACAAGCUUCAGAAUCAAUCACUGUAAUCCUACAUUUCCCAGUAUGCAACUUGUUUCAAGUGUCAUCACACUGUUGUCAGAGAUACAGAACCAUCUCCUCUCACCACGACUAAAGUGACUUUUAUGUGCAACAUUGGUGGAGUAUGUGUGCCUUUAAAUGUGGGUCGUUACCAUGGUUACUGUUCUGAUGGCAGCUUGUUUCCCCAGAAAGCAUAAUAUUAUUGUUCCCCACCAGAAACUACUUAAGAAAUAAUUAAUAACUGAACAUAAUCAACGACAAACAAACCAGAAACAAACAAAUCUACUUUGUUCAAGGGAUUUUCAGGGAUCAAAUAAUCUAUAAAUAUUCAGUAAUUAUGUAAAACAAGAGCGUAAAAAAUAUGUAAUUUAUGUUUAAAGUCAAAAGGACUGAACAAUUUCUCUGUAAUUGUUUAUUUCAUCUGAUUAACAACAUAAUCAAACUUGAUCUUCUACUAGAUUUGCUUUAAAAAAAUGUUUUGUACUUCACUUUUCUGCCUGUAGGGAGCGCAACAGCUAUUGUUGCUAGCUACAUGUUAGUAUAGCUGCUAACAUCAAACACUGAUACCACAACGUUGGGUUACACAAGAUGCUAACAAAAACAAUCAAAACAAAACCAUAUGCCACAGUGAUUAGCUACUGAAGCGGCGCAUGUCAAAUACCGUUAACAUAGCAUUUAGCUAAAGUAGCUGCUAACAUCAAUCACUGAUACCACAACAUUUGGAUAAAGUGGCUGCUAACGUCAAACUCUACAGUAAAGCCAGCCAUGGUUAUAACUAUAGCUCCUAUUGUUAAACACUAGCGCAACAGUGUCUGCCUACAUUAGUUGCUAACUUUAAACACUGAUGCCAUAGCAUUUAGCCAAUGUAGCUAUUAACAUCUAGUCAAAUCAAUGGCGUCUGGCUAUAGCAGCGGCUAAUGUCAGACUGUGUGUCGGAAUGUCAGAAGCCAGACUUGUGGUAUUGGUUUGACGUUAGCAGCUACUUUAGCCAAAUGUGGAGACAAUAAUGUUUGAUGUUAGCAGCUACUUUAGCCAAAUGUGGAGACAAUGAUGUUUGACGUUAGCAGCUACUUUAGCCAAAUGUGGAGACAAUGAUGUUUGACGUUAGCAGCUACUGUAGCCAAAAGGCGAGACAUUGAUAGUUAAUGUUAGCAGCUAAUGUAGCCAGACUUUGCAGUAUUAGUUAACAACGUUAGCUGCUAUACAAUAUAUAAUAUCAAGUUUGCUUGUUGUGUGAAAUCUUGUCAAAAAUAAUCCCAGUCACAUUGUUUAAGUGCUUCACUUAGUGUGUUUCCAGAGUGGGAGAAACCUGUGCUAACACUGAUGCUUUCUGGAGAAACAGCCUCUUUUAGAAAUCCCUCAGUGCCGUGUGUGUGUGUGUGUGUGUGUGUGUGUGUGUGUGUGUGUGUGUGUGUGUGUGUGUGUGGACACUGUGAGAUGAAACUAUUUUAAGCCUCAGUUCACUUUUUUUUUUUGGAACAUCCUGAAAACAUUUGCUGCAAAGUCAUCGUGUUAGUUUUCCUUCAAACACCUGCACACCCACACAAGAAAACAUGUGUCUUUGUCCGACUGUUGUCAUGUUGUCUUACAUGUUUGAAAGUUAGAACCUGGUAAAAAAAACACUUAUAAAGAGACUGUGGUUAUUUAGCUUGUGAUCAAAUAAUGAAAACACUCGUGUGUGUGUGUGUGUGUGUAGAUCACUUAUGUCACAUGGUCAGAGAACAAUACAAAAAAACUCACCAGUCAGCACAUUGUUACUGUUAGCGUUGAAAUAAACUGCAAAAACCUACUUUAACGUAUGCGAGCUUUCAUUCAGUGUGAGCGUCAUGACUUAAAUCAUAAUUGUGAUUUCAAACAGUGUAAUUAAUUAUUUGAAUUUUGAUUGCUCCUCAUUCUAUGCCAAUUAAAUUGGGUUAGACAACCUUUUGUAACUGAAAACUAAAGUUUUUAAACCACUCUUUCUCCUGCACCAAA